CUUGAGGCUAUUGGAACCUCCGGCUGCAAUGGAGCUGUAUGGAAAGAUGGCCUCUGCACAAGAUGCCAGGUUUGGUCAAAAAGACUCUUCUGACCAGAACUUCGACUACAUGUUCAAGUUGCUGAUCAUUGGCAAUAGCAGCGUGGGCAAAACAUCUUUCCUGUUCCGUUAUGCCGAUGAUUCCUUUACAUCUGCAUUCGUCAGCACGGUUGGCAUCGAUUUCAAAGUAAAAACUGUAUUCAAAAAUGAGAAGAGAAUCAAGCUUCAGAUUUGGGACACAGCAGGCCAGGAAAGAUACAGGACCAUCACCACAGCCUACUAUCGAGGGGCCAUGGGCUUCAUUUUAAUGUAUGACAUCACAAAUGAAGAAUCCUUCAACGCUGUACAAGAUUGGUCAACUCAGAUCAAAACAUACUCUUGGGAUAAUGCCCAGGUCAUCCUGGCUGGAAACAAAUGUGACAUGGAAGACGAACGGGUCGUCUCAACCGAGAGAGGCCAGCGCUUAGGGGAACAGCUCGGGUUUGAGUUUUUUGAAACCAGCGCCAAGGAUAACAUCAACGUGAAGCAAACCUUCGAGCGCCUCGUAGAUAUCAUCUGUGACAAAAUGUCAGAGAGCCUGGAGACCGAUCCAGCCAUCACAGCCGCAAAGCAGAGCUCGAGGCUCAAGGAGACCCCUCCUCCACCGCAGCCCAACUGUGGCUGCUAAUGUCCCCCCACACAGGAGCUCCAAGGGGCUCCAGAGCAGCCAAGAAACAGCAUUGAUAAAUGGUCUAUUAGCCUUCGAUUAUACUGCCUAAUAAUUAUUUGAAGGAAGUCUUUGAUGUCAGUGGCCCAUAUAUGCAUUCAAACCAUGAGCAAUUUCCUGUGUUAAUAUGUGGCAAACUUGCUCUUACAUUUGUAAGGAUCAUUCAUCUAUAAACACCUGCUACUUGCAUGUAACUUACCAUUUAUUUGUCUUUCAUAACAUUUUUCUUUUGCAAACUUUUUCCUCAAUUAAGCUAUUGCAGAAACCCCAGACUAUAAUUUUACUGCGAAUAACUUUCGUGCCACGGAUUCAAAUCAUUGCUUCUCAUUUGAAUGGGUCCCUUUGCGUGUGCGUAUGUGUGUGCGUGUGCUGUGACCAAGGGAAGAUGUCAGGAAACUUAGUUUUGCCUUUGUCUAAAAAGAAAGUGGGAGUUUUGCUCUUGAUUGGAGACCCCAUCACAGGUCUGGGCAGUGUACUAUUAGGAAAUGUAUAUAUAUUGCACUUUCGUUAAUAAUAGCAGAAGGGUGUGUUGACUUUGAAAAACAUUGAGGGGUUGGGUGCAGGGUCACUCAGGAGACUGAGGCAGGAAGAUAAUGAGUUAAAGCAGCUACAAAUCAUACAACUCAAUCAUGGGAUAAAGAAGAAGAAAAGAAAAUGAAAUUCAGGCCCUUGCAAGUUUUCUUGAACCACAUAAACACUAAUGGAGGUUUGCAGACCCGAAUGCAGUGAUUCUUGCCAGUGAUUCUGCACAUCUCUGUGUGUGUGAGAGCAAUGACUACGGCAGAAGGGGUGUGACUAGCUGGGGCAUUACAUGACCUGAGAGUCCUCCAUCCCUUAACGACUUGUCCCACACUACAAAACACCACCAUGGCUCUCUGGAACCCCCACCAAUUUUGAACUUGAAAUUGGCUUGAAACUUUGUUAGUGCCCCUCUUCCUAUAAAAGGUAGGCCACCAUUUCAACCACUGCUCUCUGCUCCAAUUUCGACUAAGGUUUCCCUCCUCUUUAGGAGGCAAUGAGGUAACCUUUCCAUGAGUCCCGAUUGGGGGGGAAAAAAACAUUUUUAUAACUGUAUUUUUCAGAGGAUUUAUAAUUCUAAAGUUACAAAAGUCUCUAAACAUGCUUAAGACAAACAAAGAUUAUAGAGCUGAGCGGUCCAGAAAAUUGAUGAGCCACGGCGGUUGAAGAAGGGGUUAAGACCCUUGAACAUCCUGUCCUCUCUUCUAGGUUUUCUGAAGACCAUAUAGAAACAAUAUGCAAAAAAAUGCAAAAAUCCUGGCUGUGGUGGUGCCUGCUCUUGAUCCCAGCAUUCUGGAGGCAGAGGUAGG